AGGAAGGCUGUUCAGAAAGGAAAACUCAUGGAUUUCACAAGCACAGUCAUCAUCCCACUGCUUUUUGGCAGUUUGGGGAUCUUUGCCAUCUUCCGGCUCCUGCAGUGGAUGCGGAUGCGAACUUACCUCCAGGAAGCAGUGGUUGUGAUCACAGGGGCUACCUCUGGCCUGGGAAAAGAAUGUGCAAAGGCUUUCCAUGCAGCUGGCUCCAAGCUGGUACUCUGUGGCAGGGACAGUGAGAAGCUCAAAGACCUGAUGCAGGAGCUCUCUGCCAUGACCAACCACCGGAAGAACGCACACAAACCUCACACUGUGGUGUUUGACCUCUCGGACACCAAAUCCGUGGUAAGUGCUGCUGAAGAGAUCCUCAAGUACUUGGGCCAUGUGGACAUCCUGAUCAACAAUGCAGGCAUCAGCUUCCGAGGCACAAUUGUGGACACGGGACUGGAUGUGGACAAGAAACUGAUGGAAACAAAUUAUUUUGGACCUGUAGCCCUCACCAAAGCACUUCUCCCUUCCAUGAUCAAGAGGAGACAAGGCCACAUUGUGGCCAUCAGCAGCGUUCAAGGCAAAAUAAGCAUUCCUUUCAGAUCUGCAUAUGCAGCCUCCAAGCAUGCUACCCAGGCCUUCUUUGACUGCCUGCGAGCAGAGGUGGAGCAGUAUGACAUUGAUGUGACAGUUGUGAGCCCUGGGUACAUUCAGACCAACCUCUCUGUCAAUGCUGUCACAGCAGACGGAUCUCGCUACGGAGUUAUGGACAAGACCACGGCCGAGGGACAGACACCUGCUGAGGUGGCUCAGGUGGUCCUCAGUGCAGUGGGACAGAAGAAGAAGGAAGUGCUUGUGGCUGGCCUGACUCCCUGCCUGGCUGUCUACCUGAGAAACAUCUUCCCCAGGCUCUUCUUCACCCUUAUGGCAUCUAGAGCAAAAAAGGAGAGAAAAGCAAAGAACUCUUAGAGCUCAGCUCACCUGAGCAGUGCCUGCAGGGAGAGGCUGAACCCCUGCAGUUGGCUGGGACAUCACUGGAGGUGCUCCUGCAGGAAAAUCUUUUCUCAAAAUGCUGC